UCCAAGGAAAUCCCGAAGCAUACAUGUCUGUCAAGGAGCCAGACAGCCUUCCGAUUGACUUGAUUGGGAGCCCUGGCUUCUUUCCGGCGCUCCUAGAUUACAUCCGGAGCGUGACCAACUCACAUUCUCUACCCUUAGACGAAGUGAUUAUCAAGUCAAUUCUCCUAUGUCUCGUUGCCGGUAACAAACACCUUGUGCUUCGAACCCCAGAGGAAGAUAUUGGUGUCGUCGUUAAAGUUGUUGUCUGGGACGGUCCCGCUGCAAUCCUUUCGCCUGGCUUAGCUGAGGGCGAAAAGACAUUAUCCUUUCUCUUUGGGUACCCUACCCAGAAGGUGAAACUGCGCUCAUAUUCUAGCGGCAUCUCGCCGGCCGCCUUCCUUGGAGCAUUAUUCCUGCCUUCAAACCGCACCAAUGCAUCUCAGGAGGACGUCUACAGAUCAGCUCGAGCGUCCGGGCACUACGCUAAGCCCGGUAGACCCUUAUCCUCGAAUCGAUCUCCGGGUCCUGACUACUCUCGCUCGAUCUCAUACCCAAACGACUUAGCUCAGGCACAUUCGCACUCGCGAACAACCUCUUUCAGUCGUCGCGUUCGCAAACGUGGGUCUGAAUCAAGAUUCAGCGGUCAGUCAGAAACAGAGGGACCUUAUCCUUCUGCAUCCCACCUUCCUCAUCUUCACCAUUCAUUCACCGAGCCACUGCCAAACCGGCAGGGCCAUCAUCUUGAAGCGGGGUCACUUGAGUUUCCACGGGCACUCGUCUUAUCUGGCAUCGAAAAGGCUAAUGACUCUGUGCACCGCGCCCUCGUCCAAGUUCUCUCCGCAAAAUGUGUCACUCGGGCAGAUUUGGGAGGUGAAUCCGUCCAGACGGGUGACCUCGGACAGCGCUACGAACAGCCUAAUGUGCACGGUAGCACCCGGGACAGUUCGGAAAACGUAGCGUGGCCACUUCCUCCUGGAUUCAUCAUGAUCUAUGUUUGCCCGAUUGAUACUAAGGAGCGGCCACCUAUUCAUAGAAGCUUGCUCGACAGAUUUGCGAUGAGCCACAACGUCCAGAUAUCUCAAGCCGUGCGCUACGCCCUUAAGUCUACGCCAUUCUCGCCACCGCUGCAUUCUGGAGCUGGAGGUCCUCAGUCUAAUCCCAGUUCCCCGUCACUCACAAUUCAUUCCCCGUUGCCGCAACCACACAGUCAAUCAUACACGCCCCCAUACUUUACGAAACCGUUGCCUGCGGGUCAGCCACCCGCUCUCAACCGACAUUUCAACAUCUCCUCUUCCUCCAUUCCUCCACAAACUCCUGCGAUUCCUUAUCCGGAGAAGCCUAUCGUACCGGGAUGGUUCCUCAAACUACUACGCCAGUACCGCCGCAAGACCUACUUCGCACCGAGCCUUGAUCUCUACCUAUCCGACCUGUUCUCCGCUGUACGUCAUCAUCCAAGCUUGGAUGGGAUGAUGUUGACGGCGAGUGCCAGGAAGGACGCCGAGGCGCUUGCUCGCGCCGCUCGAGUCAUCGGUGCUGACCUGACUGGGAUGGAGCUCCUGCGACCUCCAGGGCAUAUGACCAAAGACGACGAAGCGGACGGAGACGACUCAUCGGCGUACUACUCCAUCCCUGACAUUGGGGCAUCGCAUAUCGCACCACAAAUAUCGCAUUCGCCACAGUACUCUCGAAGGACGCAGUUGUUGGGGGACGAAUCAUCGACGACGCCCCUACUGCGGCAAGAUUCUGCAUCGGUGUUCACAAAUGCACGGACGAUUGGGACGACUACGCAUGGACACGGUCAAGGGGCGACGAGUGAGGACGAGGAACCCGAGCCAUCGUCGCACGAUGUAGAAGUUGAAGUGUUAGAGGUGACGGAGGUAGACGUUGCCCGGAUCGUACCUCGCGUCGUCACCCACAGGCUGCGACUGAGAGAUAGUCCAUCAGAGGAGGUGCUGGCAAGUGCGGUCGUCGGGGCCACGUUCGAUGCUGUGACUGCCGAAACUGGAGCAGAAUAUACCGGAAAGGGAAGCAUGGAAGGCGAUGCGGUUGGUCUGGGGAUGAUGGAUCAUGAUGGAGACUGGACUGGCUACGGCUCCCUUGGGAUCAAGGACAUCUUGGUUGACAUCCUGAACAAAGUUUGA